CGCCUGGCUACCUCCUUUUGCAGGAAAAAUAUCCACCCGGAAUAGCUGUGUAGACCACCAUCCUGUCAUUUUGGGGGAUUUUAUGUGAAUAUUAUAAUUUUUUAAUUUUGGGUGGCAGACUCCUCUACCCACCCAGCACUAUGGACUUUCCUGAUUUGAGGGUGGUCAGAAUGGAUAUGAAGAGGGGAACCCCUGCCAAAACACAUUCUGCAGCUCCCUUCUGGAAUGGAUUACAAUUUUCCAACUGAAACUCUCCACAGGAACAUAGUUGCUUAAGGUCAUCUGAAUUGCUUACCUGUUACAGGAGAAAAAACAUUGAAAAACUAGUUUUGAAUAUUUUGUAUAUUCAAAUUUGUUUCUUUUUUUAAAUCCAAGUUUUGAUUUGUGAAUAGAAUACACUGAGGUAAGCAUGGCGUUGAUGAAGGUAAAGUUUGACUUGCUCAAACGGGUGAAGCUUGCCCAGGGCCUGUGGCUCAUGUACUGGCUGGCAGUGAUGACCGGCAUCCUGGUCUUCAGCUUGGGGCUGUUCUUUAAGAUCGAGCUCCGGAAGAGGAGUGAGAUGAUGGACAACAACGAAAGCCAUUUUGUGCCCAACCUGUUGAUCCUAGUAGGCCUAGCUGCUUGCGGGCUCAAUGUUUUUGGGGGCAAGGUGUGCCACGACUCUCUGGAUGCUGUGAAGUUUGCCAAGUGGAAGCCCAUGGUCAAGGGCUACCUGAUGGGUUGCUUCGCUUUCAAUAUCCUCCUGUUCUUCACAGCUCUGCUGUGUUUCUGCAUGCAGUUCCAGCUGUACUUCGCCCUGGCUGAGGGUCUGAAGAAUGGGAUAAAAUACUACAAGGAUACGGAUACACCUGGACGCUGCUUCAUGAAGAGGACGCUGGACAUGACCCAGAUCGAGUUCCGCUGCUGUGGCAACAACAACUAUAGGGAUUGGUUUGAGGUCCAGUGGAUCAGCAACCGCUAUCUGGACUUCAGCAACGAUGAAGUCAAAGACCGUGUCCUGAGCAACGUGGAGGGGAAGUUUCUGAUGGAGAGUGUACCAUUCAGCUGCUGCAACCCCGGCUCCCCCAGACCCUGCAUCCAGCACCAACUGACCAACAACUCAGCCCACUAUGACUACGACCACCACACUGAGGAGCUUAACAUCUGGACCCGGGGCUGCCGCGAGUCCCUGGUUGCCUACUACGGAGGCAUGAUGAACAGCAUUGGGGGCCUGUUGCUACUGUACAUCAUACUGGAGGCAGGAGUGAUGGUGGGCUUACAAUACCUGACCACUUCUCUGGAGACCAUGGCAGACCCAGAGAACCCGGAGAGUGAGAGCGAGGGCUGGCUCCUAGAGAAGAGUGUGAAGGAGACGGUGGCAGACUUCAUAGCGAAGAUCAAGGGUCUGGCCGGUGCAGGGAACCAGGUGGGGGAGGGUGAGGAGGCGGUGGCCACUGUGAGUUGAGAGGGUCCCACCCAAAGGGACUGAGGCUUGUCCUAUCGAUGGGACCUCAAAGAGAAAGAGGAGUGAGAGGAGAGAGAUCUUCUCAGU